AUCCCAUCUCAUCCAUAUACUCAAGUAGACCUCCUGCAAUAUCCAGCAGCAAGCCACCGUCAUGGAAACCAAGGCAUUCGGCACCGCGGUCACCGACGAGACCCUGAAAGCAAUGAGCCAGUACUCUAACAAAACAAUAACACGCUUCCACAGGGGACACGAGGCUCUCAAACUGAUGUACGCUGACGGCAAAGAGGUGGCUCCACUCAAAUACGUCAAGGAGCUCAGGCCCACGUUCGGCGACAAGGCCGCAACGAUUUGCAUGGUCUACAACGCUACCGGGGAUCCCCUCGAGUACGUUACGCAUCACAACUGGAGUGGGGACCUGCAGGGUUCUACAGUCUACCCCGAGAAGAUCGCAAAUGGCCAGUGGGCAACCUUUAUUCAUGCAUCCAGUACGGUGGCCAUUGGAACUUCAUCGUCUGGGGCCGUUGUCUACCGCGGCAAGAACAAAGCCGGUGCAGACGGUGACUGGAUGUUUUCCUGGAACCAUACCUUCUCGACCCUAAAUGGCCACACGGCCUACACUGAGAUCCGUGAAGCGGGUCACUUUCAGGGGAAAGAGCUGUGGGAGAAACUCGAGCAACUAACAUUGGGAUCUAAAGCUGAAUCAAGCGAUGACCGGAACGGACUCUUGGCCAAGGUUUACAUUCAAUCGGAUGCUGUGGCCAUCUAUAGGGCUGUCCUUUUUCUCGAAGGUGCUGAUGCUUAACUGCUAGCAGCACCUGAAAGUACGUAAUAUGGUAAAGAAUAAACUGCCUGGAAAGCAGUCGCAUGCACCGAUAUGCACGCGUAUUUGGGGAAUAAUAAUGUCGUGUUCUGAGUCUCUUCUGAGUCUGUCAUACGAUGUAUCGUGUACUCUUUCAAGCUCAUCUUGUGAGGGUGGUUAUGGUUAUCUUCCUGCUAUAUAUGUACCGAGUUGUUUUCGUGAGUAAUAAUAUCUUACUAUGUGUUGUCUAUUAAUUAA